AUGGCAACAAGCGACACAGACUACUAUGAUACAUCAUUUCGUCGUGUACCAAUGAAUUCAGCAACUACACAAAAAGAUUAUAUUGAUCAUAAUUCUACAUUCACAUCAUCAACUUACAAUAUGUGGCCUGGAACAUUAAAAAGAACUAUGACAACAACAUAUAUCGAUGGAACUUCAAUGCUUGGUUAUAAUAAUCGUUCAUAUAAUAUGAAAGAUUUAUUUCCAAAAGGAAAAAGUCUACAAAGACCAUUAAAUUCAUCAGAAAAGAAAAUGAAUGCACGUAAUGCAUACAUGUCAUUAUUACCAGUUGAUGAAUCAACUGUUCGAUCAGUAAAAGUUCGUUCACCUCUAUCAAUGGCAACAGGAAAACAAUGUUCAAGUUUACCUGAAGUAACAAAUAAAAGUGCUAAUAAUCGUAAUAAGCGUUUUCCGAGUGCUAUUGUAUUAGAUGAAAAUAGUGAAUCAAAAUUCUAUGGACGUUGUGCUACAACAAAUGUAAGUGGUGCUUGGGCAAGACGAUAUAAAUCAAUAAAUACAUCACAAAUAUUCAGUGAUUUAUUACGUGAUCCAGCAUAUACAGAUAAAAUUAUACUUAAAAAACGUUCAUAUCAACAAUUACUUGCAUAUUCAGCAUCAUCAUCAUCAUUUACUUGUUCAUUGAUUAAACAUACAAUCGAGUCCAAUGGGACUAAUUCUCAAAUACAAAUUAAUGAUGAUUCAUAUGGUACUGAAACAGAAGGAGGAGAAGAAGAAGAAGAAGAAUAUCAUGAACUUGAUAUGACUGGUCGUAUUAUAGCUGAUAAUUAUCGAAUUGAAUCAAAAUUAGGUGCUGGAUCAUUUGGACAAGUUUAUUUAUGUCAACAUAUACAUACACAUGAACAAUGGGCUAUGAAAAUAGAAUCACAUAUGAUGAAUAAUAAUCCUCAAUUAUCAAUUGAACAUAGAAUCUAUACAAAACUUCAAGGUGGUAAAGGUUUUCCAAAAAUUGAAUAUUAUGGUAGUGAAGGAAUAUAUGAUAUAUUGAUUAUUGAAUUAUUAGGUCCAUCAUUAGAAGAUUUAUUUAAUUAUUGUAAUAGAAAAUUUACAUUAAAAACAGCAUUAAUGCUUGUUGAUCAAAUGAUAUCAAGAAUUGAAUAUGUUCAUACAUGUCAUCUUAUUCAUCGUGAUAUUAAACCAGAUAAUUUUUUAAUGGGUAUUAAAUCUAUGGGUAAUACUGUUUAUAUAAUCGAUUUUGGUCUUUCAAAACGAUAUAGAGAUCCUAAAUCAUUUGUACAUAUACCUUGGAAAAAUAAUAAAAGUCUUACAGGUACUGCUCGAUAUGCAUCAAUUAAUGCACAUAAAGGUAGUGAACAAUCACGUCGUGAUGAUUUAGAAGCUAUUAGUUAUGUAUUUAUGUAUUUUAUAAUGGGUACAUUACCAUGGCAAGGUUUACAAGCAACAGGAAGAAAAUCAAAAUUUGAACGUAUUGCUGAAAUGAAAAUGAAAAUAACAUCAGAACAAAUAUGUAAAAAUUAUCCAAAAGAAUGUUUUUUAUUUCUUGAUUAUUGUCGUACACUUAUAUUUGAUAAUCGACCUGAUUAUAAUUAUUUAAGAUAUUUAUUUCGUUAUUUACUUUAUCAAAAAGGUGAUCAAUAUGAUUAUGAAUAUGAUUGGAUUAUUAUAUAUAGAAAUAAACAAUUAUUAUCUACAAUAAAUCCUAGUGAAAAUGAAAAUUCUCAACAAUAA